CCUAGCUAAUCAAGCAAGCCUUGCUCUAAGCGCUCAGCAUCAAGCAAAGCCAACCGGCCCACUUCAAUUUCUCUCAAAGCGAAAGCAGAGCACAGCUCGGGUCACGCAAGGAGUAAAUCUCUUGUGCAUUUGCGUGUAAUCCAGUUCGGCACCACGGAUCUCGCCGUCGAGACCGGAAAGAGGAUCCAGCCGGCCGCCGGCGGCGGCGGCAGCAUGGAGCCCGGGUUCGGGAAGCGCCUCAUGCACGUCCUGCGCACCGUCUACCACAUGCUGCGCCGCGGCCUCUGCCGCAAGCGCCUCAUGAUAGACCUCCACCAGCUGCUCGGCCGGGGCAAGCUCGCGGGGAAGGUGUUCCGCAACCUCGUCGCCGCGGUGAACCACGCGCACGGCGCCGCUCACCUCGCCGUCGUCGGCUUCGGCUCCGGGGCCGGGGCGUCGUCGUCCUCCUCGGCGCUGUCGUUCAGCCACGACCCCAGGGACGUGGAGUUCAGCUGCACCACCACACCAUCCUACGUGCGGGGGGGCGCCCUGUUCCCGUUCAGGAUCCGCGGCCGCGGGGCCGGACGGGGCGGCGGCGGCCAGUUCGGCGGGAUCGACUCCGCCGAGGUGGCGCGCGUGUUCCAGAUGAUGAACUCCGAGGAGGCCGGCGCGGGAGGGGAGACGUCGUCGGAGGCCGGGGCCACGCCGUCGCCCAUGCUCGCUCUCAGCCUCGGCCGCAGCCCGGCCGGGGUCCGGCAGCUGCGCGUCACCGACUCGCCGUUCCCCAUCGAGCCGGAGGGCGUCGACGAGCGCGUGGACGCUCACGCCGACGACUUCAUAAAGAAGUUCUACGAGCAGCUCCAGCUGCAGCAGGCGUUCGCCACGCCGGACAACUGUGUCCGCCGCCGUGGCUAGGCACGCGCAAGCGUGCGUGCGUACAUGCCACGGUGCCUGCGUGGGUGCAUGGGCGCGUAUUCCGGGGCAUGGGGAGCUAUAAAUAUGUGGCCGGCCAUAGUGUCGAUUACUUCACUGUCAUGUGGGUUUCUAGUUUUUCUACCUGCAUGUGUAAUUUUUUUUUCCUUUUCCCUUUCCUCGUUUGUGAUAAGCUCAACAGGGUCGGCGAGGAGACGAGAUAAAAGACGGGCUUGUUGGAGCCCGGGCAUGUGUAUCUGUCGUACUAUCUGCAUAUGCGUAUGAGAUGAAAUGGUAAAUUUUGCACAUUUCAA